GCGGCUGCAGCUGGCGCCGCGUCUGCCCCGCGUGCCCAGAGCAGAUUCUGCCCGCCGCCCCCGGAGCCCUCUGCGCCCCGCUGAGCCCGCGAUCGCUUCCUCUCUGUGACCGACCGGCGCUGCAGCUUAGAGCCUGGCAAUGCCGUUUGGGUGUGUGACUCUGGGUGACAAGAAGAACUAUAACCAGCCAUCGGAGGUGACUGACAGAUAUGAUUUGGGACAGGUCAUCAAGACCGAGGAGUUCUGUGAAAUCUUCCGGGCCAAGGACAAGACAACAGGCAAGCUGCACACCUGCAAGAAGUUCCAGAAGCGGGACGGCCGCAAGGUGCGGAAGGCUGCGAAGAAUGAGAUCGGCAUCCUCAAGAUGGUGAAGCACCCCAACAUCCUGCAAUUGGUGGAUGUAUUUGUGACCCGCAAGGAGUAUUUCAUCUUCCUGGAGCUGGCCACGGGGAGGGAGGUGUUUGACUGGAUCCUGGACCAGGGCUACUACUCGGAGCGAGACACGAGCAACGUGGUGCGGCAGGUCCUGGAGGCCGUGGCCUACUUGCACUCUCUCAAGAUCGUGCACAGGAACCUCAAGCUGGAGAACCUGGUUUACUACAACCGGCUGAAGAACUCGAAGAUCGUCAUCAGUGACUUCCACUUGGCUAAGCUAGAGAAUGGCCUCAUCAAGGAGCCCUGUGGGACCCCCGAGUACCUGGCCCCGGAGGUGGUAGGCCGGCAGCGGUAUGGACGCCCCGUGGACUGCUGGGCCAUCGGCGUCAUCAUGUACAUCCUGCUUUCGGGCAACCCGCCCUUCUAUGAGGAGGUGGAGGAAGACGACUAUGAGAACCACGAUAAGAACCUCUUCCGCAAGAUCCUGGCUGGUGACUACGAGUUUGACUCUCCAUACUGGGACGACAUUUCUCAGGCCGCCAAGGACCUGGUCACAAGGCUAAUGGAGGUGGAGCAAGAUCAGCGGAUCACAGCAGAAGAGGCCAUCUCCCACGAGUGGAUUUCUGGCAACGCUGCCUCCGAUAAGAACAUCAAGGAUGGUGUCUGUGCCCAGAUUGAAAAGAACUUCGCUAGGGCCAAGUGGAAGAAAGCUGUGCGAGUGACGACCCUCAUGAAACGGCUUCGAGCACCGGAGCAGUCCAGCUCGGCUGCAGCGCAGUCCACCCCGGCCACAGACACUGCCACCCCCGGGGCUGCAGACCGUAGUGCCACCCCAGCCACCGAUGGCAGUACCACUCCAGCCACUGACGGCAGUGUUACCCCAGCCACUGACGGGAGCGUCACACCAGCCACUGAUGGGAGCGUCACUCCAGCUACCGACAGGAGCGCUACUCCAGCCACUGAUGGGAGAGUCACCCCAGCCACAGAAGAGAGCACUGUGCCCACCACCCAAAGCAGUGCCACACCAGCCACCAAGGCAGCUGCCACCCCUGAGCUGGCUGUGGCCCAGCCGGACCGCACAGCCCCAGAGGGCACCACAGGCCAGGCUCCACCCUCUAGUAAAGGGGAAGAGGCUGCUGGCUUUGCCCAGGAGUCUCGGAGGGAGACUAGCUGAGUGGGCGGCCUGGUGGGGGUCAGGGGAUGGCAGGAGGGUGGGAGAGUGGAUGAGGGGCUUCUCACUGUACAUAGUCACUGGCAUGAUGCCCUCACUCCCCCACUCCCUGGCUUCCCGUGGGGCGUCCCUGGGGGGCCACGGGAGAACAGUCUUGUCUCCUGUGUGUGUGUGUGUGUGAGUGGUGGGCAGGCCAGAGGCAGGGCCGGCCCCAGCCCCUGCAUGGAUUCCUCGUGGCUUUUCUGUCUUUUGCUAGCUUCACCAGUUUCUGUUCCUUGUGGGAUGCUGCUCUAGGGAUACUCAGGGGGUCCCUGCUCUCCUUUCCCUUCCCUUCUUGCCUCACCGUUUCCCCAGGCAGGCCCUGCAGAUCCCAUUUCUCGCGGGCCCUAAACUGGGCGGCCUUGCCCUGAGAGCUGGUCCUCCAGCGAGGCCCUGUCAGCAGUCCUAGGCUCCUGCACCGAAGGUGUGUGCCUGCGGGUGUGGGCUGCUCCAGGAGUGGACACAGGCUGGAGAGAGGAUGGAGACAUCUAGGGCAGUGUGCUUCAGGUCAAGACUGGUCACGUGGCUGGGGGUGCUGCUUGCCAGCCGUCGGAGGGCCUCAGAAGUGGAAGAGAAUGAAUAGGAGGGUAGAGGCUUCCAUCUUUGUCCCUGGGACAUCCUCCCUAAACCCUUAUGUUACUUCCUGCCCUCCUGAGUCCUGCAGCGGGUUGCUCUGUACCCUGAAGCUCAUGCGCCUCUAGGGAAAGGAGGAGCUAUAAGGGGAUGGCAGUGAGACCUGGGAUGGCAGAGCAGGACCAGCACCUGUGCCUCAGCCGAGCUGGGUCCUUACUGUGGGCCAAACAGUGGCUCUCCCUAAAUGUUUCCCCCGCCCCCCAUGGGCUCAGCCCAUAAGUCCUCUCCAUCCCAGGGGACCUGCCUCCAUAGUCUGAUGUGGGGGUUUGUCCUUCACAGGGGCAACUUUCUGUUGGUUCAGCAACAAAAAAGGAAAGGAACCCCUCUAUUUCUAUGGUUUAUUUCUGUCAGAGGCCCAGGUGCCUCAGCCGUGUUGAGUUGCUUGGGCUGGGAUGAGAAAGUAGAAUAAACCUCCCCAGGUCCCUGAGAAAGUCUUCGGACAGGUGCCCUUUGUCAGACUCCACCACAGCCUGGACAGGCAGCCACACUGGUCCUUGCCCUUGCUUGGCACUCCGUGGUGGUCCUGCCCUUCUCCCUGCAUGCCUGUGGGUCUGCUCUGGUGUGUGAAGGUUGGUGGGCUGAUUGUGUGCC